CAGAGGGCGCCAGCCGUGCGAUCUGGUGCUGGAGCUGCCACUGUUGUCGCCUCCUCUAUUUCAGCUGCACGUGCAACUGCUCCUGUCGCUGGUGGCCCGGGCUCGUCAGAACCCCCGGCUCAAUCCAGGGCGGACCGGGUCCUGGCGAUGGAAGCCAGUGCGGUGGAGACGCGUGUGUUCGUGGAGGUGCGCAGACGGCUGCAGAGCGCGCUGCUGAUCGUGGGGGAGCCAAAAGAAGGAGGUAUGCCCAUGGAUGUUUCCAUAAUGCCAUCCUUGCUCCAGAUGAAAACCCCCACAGGCUGCACAGAGGUUCGGCUCCCAGCAGAGGUCAGGCUUGUACCUUCUUCUUGCCGUGGACUGCAGUAUGUCGCUGGAGAUGGACUGCACCUUCGGCUGCAGGCACAUACAGAAUUCAGCACAAAACUGAUUUCAAUAUUUAAUCAAAGCUUACAAGCCCAAGAAUGUUGCACAUUUUAUUGCCAGUCCUGUGGUGAAGUCAUAAUAAGGGACAGGAAGCUUCUCAGGAUUCUCCCACUGCCGAGUGAGAACUGGGGAGCUCUCGUUGGAGAGUGGUGUUGUCAUCCUGACCCCUUUGCUAAUAAGCCACUUCAUCCAAGAGAGAAUGACUGUUUUAUUGGAGACUCUUUCUUCUUGGUGAAUAUAAGAAAUGAUUUGUGGCAGGAACCAAAAGCAAAUACCAAAGUAAUUUGUAAGCGUUGCAAGGUAAUGUUGGGAGAGAUCAUGUCAUCAGAAACCACUAAGUUUUAUAUGACAGAGAUAAUUAUUCAACCAUCUGAGAGAAGUUUUCCUAUCAUACCAAGGUCUCAGUUUGUCCAGAGUGUUAUUGCCCAGUGUCUGGUGGAACUCUCCUCUGCUAGAAGCACUUUUAGAUUCACUAUUCAAGAUCAGGAUAGUAAAGUGUACAUCUUGCUCUGGCUUUUAAACUCAGACAGUGUGGUGAUUGAAUCUUUGAGUUCCGACCAUAUCAAAAAGUUCCCCCUUUUGGAAGAUACAUUAAAAGCAGGCUUCAGUUCUGCCUGGAAUGCUAUCAAGGUCCUCUACCAGCCAUGCCUCAGAAGUGGAGAUGAAAAGCUUGCCAGCUCCUGGGAAAGUGACAUCAGUGUCCACUCAUUAACCCUGCCUGCUGCAACCUGUUUGGAGCUGCUGUUGAUACUAUCAAGGAGUAAUGCCAUCCUGCCACCAUCCCUUCGCCAAAUGAAUUCAUUUCAGUGCUGGGGAUCAAACCCAGGAUCUCAACAUGCCAGACAAGCACUCUCAACCAGCCACAGAUGAUGCUAGAUGAAUGAAAGGCUGAUAGACUGGGGUCACAUUUCUUCCUCUAGCACUGAAGAUGUUCCAGAGGCUCUGUCCACCAGCAGGCCUGGGGCUAGGAGCUGUUAGGUUCUUCCCAGUAUUAGGUUUUACCAGUCUAGUACUAAGUUCCAGGCAUCAUGCACCUCCCUGUGCUACCCAAGGUUGAGGCAGUGUUAGUAAAAUCUAACUGUUGGCCACCUGGAAUGAUGCUAAGUUGGGUUGUGCCUGAUUCUUAUAAUUAAGAGGGUCUCCAUAGUCUUAGGGUUAUACAGAGUCCCAUGCCAGAGCUAGUGGUGAUGCAAGCUGAAAUAUGAGUCUGUCCCACUGGGGUACAGGUCUCUGUCUGGUACCAGAGCAGUUCUAGAGCCCCAUUCAUCUAUGAGUACUGGCCUGACAAUAGCUGUGCUGCUCAAGGUUGGGGGAUAGAUGGUGGAGACAGUCCUGUGUACACCACGAUUAGCACUAAGCUGGUUUGCAUCUGAGUCUCACAGCCAUAAGAGCCUUCCUUGUCUCAGCCUUCUAUUUUUCAGGAUCUGAGACUUGGCUGCUGAACCCCAGCAUUCCUCAGGUUAAAGCACAAGCUCUAGUCUAGACCUUCAAGGGUAGGCAGAGCCUCAAGACAACUUUGUUCAGCUCUGGCCAACCAAGAGACUUCAAGAGUCUUUCUUACCUCAGAGGGUUUGGUUAUUCUCCUGACAGUUUCCACUAUGUGUUUAAAAGAUUUUUUUAAAAAAAUAUGUAUUUAUCUAUUUCCUUAGUUCUUCACAGUCUCAGGAGGAGAGUGGGUUAUCCCCAAGCUUACUCAGGAUGGAACUAGUGCAGCAGAAACUCAAGUCUGUCCUACAGGUGCUUAGAUCUCCACUGAUACUGGAGCUGGUCUUGAGGCUCUGUCUCUGAGCUCUGUCAUGUAUAUAGGGCCUUUAGUUUCUAUUGGUUGUUAGAUCUCACUGCAGUGGGCCUGGCACCGAACUCUGAGGCAAAGCCCUAUGCUAGCUUUCAUGCCCCCGUCCCCAGUGGGUGAAGUACUGAUCCCCAUUCUGCUGCCCAACGCUAGAGGAGGGUUUUUGGAGGUCUUUAGCCAUGUGAACUAAUGCAUUUCUUGUUAGUCCACAGGUGUUAGCCUAGUGAAGGAUUGUGGAGUUUUUGUCUACCUCUGGGUUUCACCAUGGUGGCCUUUUUGAAGAUGUAACUGUUGGAACUGAGGCAUCCACCCACCCCCACCAACAGACAGACAGCUCCAGGGCAGAGCACACUGAAGGCCAGCAGUCAGCUCUGUGGGCAUGGAUUACAAAGACAGGAACCAGGGCUGCAGAAUGACAGUACUGCACUAAAGUUUUGAGUUUACUUGUUUACAUAUAUUAUCUAAGAGAAGGGCUGACUUUAGAUCUUUGAAAACCCAGCACUGUGAAGAAAGUUGUAGUGGCAGGUUGUCAGCAGGGUAAGUAUAGAAGUUGCAUUGCUACUUUCCACAGAGAAGAGCAUUCAAAUCUGUGCUGUGUCAGCACCACCUGGAAGGAUAUUAGCUAACAGAGACCCAUCUGUCCUAUGUGGAAUGUGCAAGGAACACCAUUGGUGGAACUCAGUGUAAAUUCUAGGAAAUAAACUUUAAAGAGCUUCUCAGGUUUGUUUAAAACAGAUUUUAAAUAACAAAAAUACAGUGCUUUGUGUACCUUCCUCAGAAAAGAUGCUCAGUAAAUGUUUGUUGAAUGAGUAAUUAUCCAAUUAAAAAUUUUCCUGAGUUUGCAAACCUG